AAAGGUUGUGAGCUGGAGGACGUUUUCAGAGAUUUAAGCAAAAGCUCCAAAUGUCCCUCCGAGAGGACGACAGGGGAGAGGAGCCGCAGUCAAACUUAUCAGGUGCCAUUCAUCCCUGAACUCACAAAGAUGUCGACGAAAAGCAAUACGCGCUUCGGUGCCUUGAGUCAUCACUCAUUCUUCUCCCGACACAACCCUCAUCCGCAUAGGGUGAGACAUAUUCAAGGACUCAAUGGUCGGCCCGUUUGCAUGGUGAGGGAUGAUUGGUUUGUUUCCUCGUCAUUAUUUCCUCAUCCACUUCUCAAGAGCCACGUCUUCAGGAAAGCAUCCUUUGAUUUCCCGCUCACUCAUAAUCUUAAUGCAGUCAGUAGUAACAAAAACAAAUCGGCACAAUUUUCAGAAGCCUGGAGAGAUGAACUUAAAGACCUUGCUGCAAAAGUCAGUUUGUCUUCUCAAGCACAAAAGGACAAAAAAGAAGUCCAACCCGAGGAAGAAUUUGUCCGCCGAAAGACCCAAUAUUCAGCUGAAACCGGGAGAAUCGUCCCUCCGUCCACCAACUCUUACCAACACAGAUCCCAUUCCCAGCGCCUGAUGUAUCCUCAGCCCCUCCAUGAUCAAGAACUCAUGGUGUUUGAGCUACUUUGUCAGAUCCUGCAGACAGAUUCCCUGUCUUCAGUCCAGCAGUGGCUUCUGCUUGCAGGCCAAAGAGAGAAAGACCUGGUGAUGGGGAUGAUCAAGCAAGCUCUGGAUGGCGUCGACCUCUCGGGUCAUAGUCAGCAGAACUUCCAGCAGCUCCAGGCUUCACAUCCAGGUGCUUCUCCGUCUGGUCCAUCGUUCGACCAGUCCUGGAGAAAACCACAGAGAACGAGCUCAUACAGAGGGAGCCAAGCUUUCGGCGACGACAAACCCGAGAGGAUUGGAAAUGCAGAGGUCCUUGAAGUCCACGCAGGAUCUUCAGGAUCAUCCACUUCAGCACACGGGGAGUGAUUAGGUUGAAAGUAGUGAUAUCUGUAUUAUGGUUUCCUUUUAAUGAGAUUGAAUUGUUUAUUGGUUUCCUUGAUAAAUGAUAUAGCAAGUUUUCUUCAGCAUAUUUACUCUCUAGAUGUUUCUUAGAACACAAGCCAAUUUAAUAAAAGGAGUUCUCCAGCU